GUUUUGAAGCUCUGAUGGGGGCAUUAUAUCUUGAUGGUGGAAUAGAAUUAGCAGACAGAGUGUUUUCUAGAACUUGUUUUCCAGAAGAAGAUCUUCUAGAUACCUGGGUAAAUUGUCCUAAACAUCCCUUAGUAGCAGAUGAGCCUGAUGGGGACAGACACUGGAUAGAACAAAGUCAUGUUUUACAGAAACUGGUACAGUUUGAAGACGACAUUGGUUAUGAGUUUAGACACAUUCGUUUAUUAGCUAGAGCUUUCACACAGAGGAAUGUUGGAUAUAACAAUCUUACAUAUGGACAUAAUCAGCGUCUAGAAUUCCUGGGAGAUACAAUAAUGCAGCUGAUCUGUACAGAUUAUCUCUUCAAACAUUUCCCAGAUCAUCACGAGGGACAUCUUACUUUGUUAAGAAGUUCUUUGGUAAACAACAAAACUCAGUCAACUGUUGCCACGGAGCUGGGUAUGCCAGACUUUGUCAUUAAAGUGAAUAUGACAAAAGCUGAGAAACCUCUCACCAAUAUAGAUCUGAAAACUAAAGAAAAAGCUGAUCUGCUGGAAGCAUUGUAUGGUGCCCUGUAUGUAGAUGGUGGCCUGGAACCAUGCCAGAUACUGACAGAUAUAUGUUUCUUUCCUAGAUUAGAGGACUUUAUAGCAGACCAGGAAUGGAAUGAUCCUAAGUCGCAGCUACAGCAAUGUUGUCUUACAUUACGAGAUAUGAACGAUGACAGCCCAGAUAUACCUAUUUACAAGGUUAUCAGGAAGUAUGGACCAACAAAUCUACGGAAGUAUAUGGUAGCAGUGUAUUUCCGAGAAAAGAGGCUCGCAGUGGGUGUGGCGGGAAGUAAACAGCAGGCCGAGAUGGUGGCAGCAGAAACUGCUCUAAAAGAAUACCAAGGAUUAUUCCACAGAAGUGUAUACCCUUCAAGAGCCAAAAAUAAGGCUGUGAUUGCAGCAUUUAGAAAAGAAUUCCAGCAUGAGAAACAACUCCAAUCAUCUGAUGUAGACACAGCAAAAAAUUGACUCUUUUUGUUGACAUUUGUAUAAAAACCAACAGAGUUUUCUGUCGGAACUAGAGCUGAACAUAUUGGAAACACCAUGCUUUGUGAUAAGUGUUAGACUGAAUGAUUGUGGAGAUAUUGAUCUUGGGGAUAGUAAAAUAUAAAUGAGCCGCGUCACGACAAAACCAACAUAAUGGGUUUGCGACCAGCAUGGAUCCAGACCAGCCUGCGUAUCCGCGCAGUCUGAUCAGGAUCCAUGCUGUUCGCUAUCAGUUUCUCUAC